CGUCAAAAGCAAUCCCGCCGCCCACCUUUCCCGCCGGCGGCGAUCACUUCCACCUUCCAUCAAAGAAGCUGAAAUAUAGCAAACCAAGAUGCAUCAGAGAAACGCUGCAUCCGGGCGGCCCACCGGAACGGAUGGCUCAGACUUCUCUUACCGCAUGGUCGUCGAUUCCCGGUAUCAAAAGGUAGCUAAAACAAAGUUGGUCCUCCGAAAAUUAUUCAUUUUGCAGGCUGCCCUUCUAGUAAUAGGACUGUUUUUACAAAUUUUUCUAUCAACACAAGAGGAUUCAGGUCCCUGUGAGCUCGAUAUUGCUGCUGCUGCUUUUGGCCUCGUUUCCUUGAUAAUCGGAGAAUUAGGUCGGAGGCGCAGCCAGGUGGGUCUCUUGAGAUUCUUCAUGGUCGUGUCAUCUUUUGAUGCAGUGCUUUGGAUGUAUUGUGCUGUUAGGAGGAAUUCAAAAUUAGGGACAGCAGAAAACCCAAGUCACUGGCAAGGAGUGUUUGAACUUCCUGAGAUAGUGAGUGCCCUAUUGGGACUGCUGUUGCAUAUGUUUAUCCUUGGAUACACUAUUCAUCUCAUUCGCAACAUGUCUCCCCCAAAGAGGGCAUCUUAGUAGUAGUGGUAGAAAUCCCUUCCUAUGAGAGGGUCUUGAGAGUUUUCCAUUGUUCUUCAUUUUUGUGUUCUUUCCUUUAUUAACUGUUUCAUUCUAUUCUUAGAAGUUAGAACUUUCCACAACAAUAGUUUCUCUCACCUCAGCAAUGUGAGAGCAUGUACACAAGAUGUCUCUUAAGUCUGUGGAGAUCUCUGUUUUACUUGCUAUGAGAAAUCAGUACAAAGACAGAAGAAAAGCAUGUCAGGGAAGUAGGAACCACAAACCAAAUUCUAGGUAAUUGCUAAUGGAGAAAAUCUUCUCCCAGCAACUACCUUACAUGAAGAAGUGGCUUUGUGUGUUUCAUCACUACGACAUGCUUUAAUUAAUGCGGAUUUAAUGUAGCCAAUUGGAAAAGGAAAAGGAACAAUUUGUCUAAGAAUGUUUGGUUUUGUUAUGUUAUUUGCUUCUGGACCAGAAUGAAUUUAACGAAGCUUC